AUGACCGUCUAUAGCUGGGGCCGUGGCGAGGACGGUCAGCUGGGGUUGGGGGACACGAGUGACCAGCACCGCCCCGUCCUUAUCGAAGCGCUGGCCGAGCGUCGCAUCGUACAGAUCGCGUGUGGGAGCGGCCAUACCGUCGUGCUCACGGAGGAAGGUGAAGUGUAUACGUGGGGACGGGGAGACGACGGCCGGCUCGGCCAUGGAGACAACGGCUGGAAGUUUGUCCCUCGACUCGUGGAGGAGUUACGGGGCAAGAACGUCCGUCAAGUCACGUGUGGGAGCUACCACACCGCAGCGGUCACAGUCUCGGGGGAUCUCUAUACGUGGGGCGGUGGCAUGUAUGGCAAAUUGGGUCAUGGCAACGAGACGGGGCACUCGACUCCGUUUCUGGUCGAGACUCUCAAGAGUAUGCAGGUCCGGCAAGUGGCGUGUGGCAGUCGUCAUACGGUCGUGCUGCUUGAGAACAAAGACGUGUAUACGUGGGGGGACAAGGAGAAUGGGGUAUCGGGGCAUGGCGAUACAGAAGGCCACCAGUACCUUCCUUGUCCAGUAGAAGAGCUGCGUGGCAAGUCGAUUGUCCAGAUCUCUGCUUGCGGCUUUCAUACCGCGGCGUUAAGUGAAUCUGGAGAGGUGUUUACCUUUGGAGAAGGCAAGUUCGGACGGCUGGGACACAACUCGGAAAGGAACCAACCCGUUGCGCGGUUUGUGGACGCUCUAUCAGGGAAACGUGUGAAGCAGGUGGCUUGUGGCGGGUUUCAUACUGCAGCAGUUACAGAAAUUGGAGAGGUAUAUACGUGGGGAGGUGGUGAACAUGGCCAACUCGGACACGGUGACAAGGUGAACAAAACAGCCCCUACACGAGUGGAAAGCCUUGUGGAUAAGCUGGUUGUGCAGAUCACGUGUGGAUGGAGUCAUACAGUCGCGCUUACGGAUACAGGCGAGGUUUACACGUGGGGAAAUGGAGAUCACGGAAAGCUUGGUCAUAACGACACGACCAAGGUUACGUUGCCGCGAUUAGUGGACAUCUUGGAUGGGAAACGCGUGGUCAGUGUGGCAUCGUACAACGAGCAUACUGUCGCCCUUGUAGACCCCGUAGCGAUGCUGCGUGCCUCCAUGCUGACGUCUUCGUACGUCGGGGACAUGCGCCAGCUCGUCGAUAGCGCCGAGUUCUCAGACGUCACUUUCCUCAUCGAAGGACGCGCAGUUCAUUCCCAUCGUGCCAUUUUGGCCGCUCGCAGUGACCACUUCCGCGCGAUGUUUUCUUCAGGUAUGCGCGAGUCGCAUGAGCAAGAGAUUCCUUUGAUGCACACUCGAGUGCCGGUGUUUCUCGCGUUACUGGAGUAUAUUUAUGUGGACACGAUCAAUGUGGGGGCAGAGAUGGCGCUCGAGCUGUAUGCCGCCGCCGAUCUGUACACACUGGAUCGUCUGAAGGGGCUAUGCGAGAUCAUCGUGCAGAAGAGCAUCAGCGUCGACAAUGCUGCUGCGCUAUUCCAGUCCGCGGACGAUCUGCACUCUUAUCGACUGCGUGAGAUCUGCUUGUCGUACAUGGUGCAGAAUUUCGACAUGGUCACCAAAUCCGACGGCUUUGCUGGUCUUUCGCGUGACUUAAUUCUGGAAGUGUUGCAGAAUCGGUAA